CUUCACUUGGUCCUGGUUAUGGUUAUGGUGCGUUUACUUUCUAUAGAGAAAUAUGCGAAAGCGUGUCAUUGGUUUGAUUUUCAUUGUGGAGAAAUGUUUCAGAGCAGCUACGGAAGAGAUUACUACUAUCGUGGCUGCGCGUUCAUGCACUAAGUAACUAGGUUUUACAUUGAUCAACCGUGCUGGAGUCAAAAUGCAGGACCAGCGGCGGUUUAUCAGCGCUUCCACGGCCAAAAUUUUGGUGGGUGGGUGCGGUGCGUCGCUGAUGGCCUUUCAGCUCCUGGGCGUCAUGGUGCUUGUCAACACGUUUCUCUAUGUCGACUCGCAGGAAUUGCAGACUGCGGUAAAAAUGUGGAUAGGAUUUACACAUGUUGUGAUUUUUGCAUUCAUAUAAGUACAUGCAUCGUCAGCGUCAAUGCAUCUUAGAAUUAUACCACCGAUGUCACUCAGAAUGAGAAUUAAGUACGACCGUCACCUCAACACAUGGAAGAAGUGCUUCAUACUCGCAUCAAAGGUUGACUACAUGGAGGCAAAUGGAAAUAUAUGAUGCCGCCCAACAAGGGCACACAGCAGCCCGAUCCACGCGGAAUGGGGCCACUCCGCAGCCUAGAUAAAUUGUCGCGUUCAGAAACUUAACUGCUUGCCAGCGUUUACUGACCUUCUUAAUAACCGAUGACUGCUACGGGAAAGAUGCGAUAUGAAGAUCAUAUUUACGCGAAACAUUUCGCAGGUAGACGCGAUGAUUGCAAGCGGUGGGCCAUCAGGAAAGUAGUAGGAAAAGGCGAUGAUUAAGUACGCUUACGCGGCGAUGAAGUUUAGGAUUACGCUUACGAAUAUGCUGGGUGUUGAAGCUCUUUGCGUAUAAUAAUGUGUGCUGAAACUACUUUCAAGGAGCAAAUUUUACCCCGAUAGUUGUAUCGGGUGCUGAACCAGUACCAGGAAGCCGGCUUUUGUUGAAGAGUGGCCUUUCCGCGAUUUUCCAUCCCAUGUUUUUCGGCAGAAGAGAAGUUAUAGUCACGAGAGGCUGGGUCGCGUUUUUGUUAUGCACAGAAAGAGAAAAUAACUGAAAGGGACAAGAAAUUCGAUUGGGACAGCACGGGCAUAAAGCUCGUUGUUCUUUCGAUCGCUCUUUUGACAAUGUUGAUUUCGAUUGAAUUGGAUCUGUGCUGCUGGGUUAGAAGACUUGUUUUCUGCGAUGACCUGACUGGGAGAUACCAGAUUUGGACGAUCUGAGACCCUGUUUCGUGCAGAGUGAAGCGGACAAACGACUGCUUACAUUACAGGAGGACAACGAACGAAAACUGAGAACAGAGGG